CACCCAGAGCACAGCCCAGCAGAACAACUCCAGGUCAGCCUUCUGCCUCUGGCCAUGGCCUGCCCCGGUUGCCUGCCUCUCCUUCUGACUGGAGCCUUCUUGGCAGGCUUCCAGACAACCCUGACCCAUCCUGACGCACUGCUGGUCUUCCCGGGCCAAGUGGCUCAACUCGGCUGCACAAUCAAUUCCCAGCAUGCCACCAUUGGGGACUUUGGUGUGUCCUGGUAUCAGCAGCGCCCAGGCAGUGCUCCCCAUCUUCUCUACUACUGCUCAGAAGAGGAGCACUAUCGGCCUGAUGACAUUCCGGACAGGUUCUCAGCUACCACGGACAUGGCCCUCAAUGUCUGUGUGCUGACCAUCAGCCCUGUGCAGCCGGAGGACGAUGCGGACUACUUUUGUUCCAUAGCCUAUAACUUCGAUCCUUAGGGCUGGGGUAUGGGAUGAACGUCGUCUGUCUGUCCCCUACUUCUGCCCUUGACCUCUCAUUUUCCUCUAAGUCUUGCUUCCCUUCCUCUGCAAUAUGAGUUAAUAACAUUCAACACGCCGACCACAGUCUCGAUGACCACGAGAUCCUGGGAGAAAAAAAGCGACAAAUCAAAGGACAUGGGAGUUGAGGUUCUGGUGAUUGCUGUCAAAAGAGGAAACACCUGUGACCCUUAGGGAACAGGCCCAGCCUUGUCCCGAUCCCCAGGGGUUUUAGCUUGGUGCCUGACCUCCCAGUGAUCUCAUGAACUGAAGGUAGAGAAAAAGGAACUAACCUUUACCACAUGUCCCUCCUCACCCCCUCAUUCCCCACCCUGCCACCAGCUCCGCAUGGCUGAUUGUGGUCCAACGCUCAUUGUUCUUGGGUGGCUGGUCCCCAUAGAGUUCAUGCUGACGGCUUGGGGGAGGGGCAGCCCCUGCUUCUCCCCCUGAAGUCUCUGGACAAGUCUCCCCUGAUCCUUGACGGUCAGCCGCAGGUGUUCUCUGAAGGGCCCCGAGGGCCAGGGAUGAGGACACUGAAAGCAGGUAACAGAUCCCAUAGCAUCCCUCCCCCUCAGAGACAGUGUGUUCUACUGCUUUCCCACAGAUGGGUAACCACACCUGAGUAGUCAUGGGCAAAGGGGUGGUACAAUUAACUGCAGGGCAAAUCUUGCUGUUAGAAGCCGAACUGAGUGGGAUUGGAGCCUUCAAAAAGAUUCCUGGGCCAGUGUGGUGGCAUGUGGUUUUCAUUCCAAUACUCGGGUGGAUUUCUGUGACUUUAAGGCCAGCCUGGUCUACAUAGGGAGUUCCAGACAGCCAAGGGUAGAUAUGUGGUGAGACCUUGUCUCAAACCAAAAUAAAAUUCCUGGGCUGGAGGACAUAUCCAACUUCUUUCCUGUUCCUGGUCUCUAAGAAGUGUCCCCCUUCCCCUGUAGCAUGAAUCUUAAAAGUUCUUAUUAAUAAAAUCAAACCCAGAGCCAGGUAUUGGGGUGAACUGGAAGAUCAGAGAGAGAGAACAAGCCACAGCUAACCUCACCUGACCAACUUCUCAGCUGGUCUUGUUUCCUCAGACUGGAAACCUCUGAGUCCUCAUCCAGAAUGGGUCUCAGCUGAACUGCUGCUCAAAAGCCUAAAAGUUUAACCAACCAAAUGCUCAACCAGCCAAAUGCUUCUAGUUUCUGGUCUUCACGCCUUAUAUAUCUUUCUGUUUUUGCCAUCACUCCCUGGGAUUAAAGGCUCACUUCUUGGGAGCCGUAUCCUUGAACACAUGGAUUCCUGCCUCUGGAAUGCUAGGAUUAAAAGCGUGUGCUACCACUGCCUAUCCUCUAUGUUUAAUAUUGUGGCUGUUCUGUCUCUGACCCCAGAUAAGUUUAUUAGCAUGCACAAUACUUCGGGGAACACAAUACCACAUUCCCCCACGCCAAAGGCAUGCGGUUAUGGUGCACACCUUUAAUCUUUGCACUGGGGAGGCAGAGGCAGGCGGAUCUUUGGGAGUUCGAGGCCAGCCUGGUCUACAGAGAGUUCCAGGACAGUCAGGGGUACACAGAGAAACCCUGUCUCGAAAAACAAAGAAAAAGAAGUGCCUCACUUUUGGAGGUGAGCACCUAGAUGCAGCCUUUAGGGGAUCCAGAGUCCUAGGAGGGUCCAGUUUACAGUCUUGACUAUCUUUGGGCUCUUCAACCUUUAAUCUCCCUUUAUCUCAUUGCAGUUUUAUGUGGGCAGCGUGCGCGCCCGCGCGGUGGUGGGUCGGGGGACGACGGGACAAGGCAAGGGUUACCCUUGAAACAAAGGAGCUAGAUUCCAGCCUCAGGGAAGGUGCAGCAGUUAUCUGAGGCUCUAGACUCGCCUUUCCCAACCUUACUGUUUUCUUGCGCACUCUGUCCAACACGGGCUCCACUCUACUCUCCCCACCGCCAGGACGCGGGGACACCCUGCUAACCAGCAGCCUGGCUCAGCAGGAGCACAGAUGCUGAGACCUCCGUGAGGCCUAGAGUGGUCCCGGAAGUGCCCACGGCUCGAGGGAGG